AUGAAGGAGUUGUCUUUGUACAUUCUUGUGUAUUUGUCUGUGGUGGCCCUCGCAUCUGCGGCUACCUCCACUUCUCAACAAUGGCCUGUUCAGCUCUUCAAGAGCUCUCCACUCCAGUCUCCAGUGAUGAACGUAACAAAGAAUGGCAAGACCCAGCAAGGCUACAUCUUCCUAUCUCCCACAGACAUGCUCAGUCAUCAUGGGUUUCCUGCAAUCUAUACAGAUGAUGGCGAGCUCGUCUGGCAAGGUCCGCCGGGAAAUAUCACUGGAUUUCAGCCUCAGAUGCUGAACGGCGAAUCCGUCUUGACAUACUGGAACGGUACUGUCAGUAUGCUGGGUUUCGGGUACGGGACAAUCCACUUCCUGAAUCAGACAUAUAAUGAAAUUCAUCGCGUCACGCUAUCGGGUGGCAACUUGAAUUUCAAAUCUGCUCUCGGGCCUCAAUUCCCCUCUUAUAUUGAUGUUCACGAGGACGCGGUCACAGAUCGAAGCUCGGUGUUGGUGACUGCAUUUAACGUGACAACGGCCGAUUUACAGGCUCUUGGUGGACCGAAGAAUGGCUGGGUUCAUGAUAGCCAGUUUUAUGAAAUCGACAUUGCAAGCAACGAGGUUCUUUUCAGUUGGAGCGCGUUGGACCAUUUGAAUCUGACAGACUCGGCAACGCCUCUUUAUGGAACCGGAAACAACCAGACCAAUCCCUGGGACUUUGCGCAUCUCAACUCGGUCAUGAGAUAUGGAGACGAGUAUAUUCUUUCGUCGCAUGGAUACUGCAAUAUCUAUGCUAUUGAUUCCAAAGGAAAUAUCAAGUGGACUCUCAAUGGGCGAACUGGCGGUGACUUUAACUUGGCCCUAGAUGCAACGUUUUGCUUCCAGCAUGACGUUAGGGUUGAAUCGCAGACAAACAAUACAAUUACACUCCGCAUGCAUAAUAAUGAUAACGCACCCUUUUCAAAGGGGACGGCAACCACCACUGGUCUGAUUGUCGACUUGAAUCUCGAUUCGAAAACCGCAAGUCUGAAUCGCCGUCUAUGGGAUGCGGAUGAGCCAGUCUACGCUGUUAGCCAGGGCAGCUAUCAGAACCUCACCAACGGGCAUGUAUUCCUGGGCCACGGCUCCGUCCCCAAGCUAGAGGAAUACGACGGGGUAGGAGGCGUGGUGAUGCGGGCACGAUUUGGCUACGACAAUAUCAUGAUGUCAUACCGUGCUUUCCGUGCUGUUUGGGAUGGAAAGCCGACUACAAAGCCGAGUGUUUAUGCUUGCACUACGAAGCCCAGCGCUGGCGUUGACCAAGUACGGGUAUAUGCCAGUUGGAAUGGAGCGACCGAUGUGCAUACCUGGGAAGUUUACCUUGGAGCUGAGAAGAACAAGCUGCAAAAAGCGAGAACUGCAGUAUACAAUGGGUUUGAGACGGAGAUUCGACUUCAGACGUCUAGUAACUAUGCUCUAGUCGAAGCUAUCCAGAGCUCGGGUAGUACUCAGUCGGAGGCUGUCCAGAUUGAGAACUGUUAG